UUCAGCACCGGAGGGGAUGGACAGCGUCUCCGGACUGGUCCGCAGCCACAGGGACAGAACUGCGCUGCCCUUGCCGCCACUGUCGUCGCCACGGGCAUCUGGGCUCCCUGCUCCUCGCAGCUAAAAGGCGGUGCCUCCUGAUACCCCUUGGUCCCCCUUUCCUUUCCUUGAUAGACGGAAAGUAACCCUCCUUAUCCACCUGCUACAACUACUAUACAGGGCUCUGAGGAGUCCUCUUGUUCCACAGAUCAAACUCUCAGCAACAACUUCAAGAAUAAUUCUCCGUAGGAGGCUGGGAGGAAUGAAAGCAGGAGCCUGAAGUUGAAGUUCUUAGAGGCUCUGAAAAACCAUGGGCUCUGCAGAAGGGGUCGAAGUGCUCAAAGGCCUACACUUCAUGAAAUAAACAGAAUGCUCACGGAGAGUUCCAACUAUUUUGGAAACAGCUUUGUGAGAGGAGGUUCCAGAUCUAACUACAUCCCUACAUUAGAGAAACUGAAAGACUUCUAAUUCCUUUACUUGGCUGCCAAUAAGCUACUCAGGGAAACUCAUCACUAAAACAACUGUGGUCUACUUUUGGAGUGGAGUAGGAGACUCUGGGCUUUUCAACAACCUGAGGAUUUUCCAGGUGUGAGAUGACAUGACCUGCAGUGAUCCUUGCAUCCCUUCUGUGUAUGCACAUGACUAUUCUCCAGAAUGUUAAGAUUGCCAGAGAAGUGACCUCUGAAAAAGGAAAACAUUGCUCUACCUAAAUUCAGACAACAUCCUUCACGGUGCCGUAGCACAUGGAUUUCAGGACUGCCUGUGAAGAGACAAAGACAGGGAUUUGUUUGCUGCAGGAUGGUAAUCAGGAGCCUUUCAAAGUCCGGCUGCACCUAGCCAAAGAUAUUUUGAUGAUCCAGGAACAGGAUGUGAUAUGUGUGUCUGGUGAGCCUUUCUAUUCUGGUGAAAGAACGGUGACCAUUAGAAGACAAACUGUAGGAGGAUUUGGAUUAAGCAUAAAGGGGGGAGCAGAACAUAAUAUUCCAGUUGUCAUUUCAAAAAUCUCCAAGGAGCAAAGAGCGGAACUUUCAGGACUGCUUUUUAUCGGAGAUGCUAUUCUACAGAUAAAUGGAAUUAAUGUGAGAAAAUGCAGACAUGAAGAAGUGGUUCAGGUGCUUCGGAACGCUGGAGAAGAAGUGACCCUAACAGUGUCAUUUUUAAAAAGAGCACCUGCUUUCCUCAAACUCCCACUGAAUGAAGAUUGUGCAUGUGCUCCAAGUGACCAGAGCAGUGGCACCUCCUCUCCACUUUGUGACAGUGGCUUGCAUCUCAACUAUCAUCCCAACAAUACAGACACACUGUCAUGUUCUUCUUGGCCAACAUCUCCAGGCUUGAGAUGGGAAAAGCGAUGGUGUGACCUUAGGCUGAUCCCGCUGCUUCAUUCACGUUUCUCUCAGUAUGUGCCUGGGACAGAUUUGAGUCGGCAAAAUGCUUUUCAAGUCAUUGCUGUGGACGGGGUCUGCAGUGGGAUUAUUCAGUGCCUCUCUGCUGAAGACUGUAUUGACUGGCUACAAGCAAUAGCAACUAACAUUUCAAACCUCACAAAGCACAAUGUGCUCACAGCAGCUGUUUGACAGCCUGGCCUUGGAGCAGGGUCAUGAG